ACUCAAGGGGGCGGCCUCAGUGGAAAAGCCAGCUGUAUGGGUCAGUCCAGUCCCAGCCGAGUGAAACAACCGGCCACCUUCAAUUCUAGCCACACUCAACCUCCCAGCACCAGUAUCGGCUUUAACCAGGUCCUACAAGAGGUCCAGGCCAGCAUAAUGGAGUCUGUCCCUAGUUUGGAUGUGUCAGAAUUCAGAGUGAACAAUUCUGCCCCACAACAUACAGCUCGACUUGCAUCGAAAUCAGAACAGAACACACCUCUGAACCUGACACUGCAAGGGGAGGAUCAGGCACUCGUGUUUGCCACCCAGCAAGACACACCUUCCAAACAAAGUGAUCAAGGGGACUCCACUGAUUUAAAACCCCCAAACACAGCUCCAGCAGCAGUGUCACAGCUUCCUGCAGCCGCUGUGGACCUUCAGUCAUCGGUUGGUCUUUCAGCUACCUCAUCAGCUUCUCCUGGUGCCAAGUGCAGCAGCCGGCCACAGGUGGAAAAACCACGCCGCUCCAGCUUAGACAAGGAGAUGAAGCACAGUCCAGACAGGGCAGGCAAGAGCCCUCCUCCUCCUCCUCCUCCACGGAGAAUCCAUGCUGUCACUUCAGGUCUCACAACAGGAAGGUCAGGAGAGGUGGUCUUUGUAACUAGGAAAGAGCCUGUUGGAGCCCAGUCUGCACAGGAUGAAGCUGAUAAAGGAAAAGAGCUACCUCUAGUUCCUCAGCUCAAACCUCCACGACAGCCACCAGAGGUCAAACACAAAUCCCAGAUGUGCACUGCUGCACAUCUGGCUAUAUCCACCUCUGCCCCUGCUGCAGUGUCAGCACAAAGACAAGAGGGGGAGGAGGAAGAGGAAGAGGAGAAAGUCUUGAAAGAACUGCAGGUGACAGAACUGACAAAUAAGAAUCACUCAUCAGUUGGAAAUAAACAAAAUGGAAAAAAGGAGAGGACGUUUCUAAACUCACAAGUAGCUAAUGAGUUAGCAACAUGUGACCAACAGUCAGACCCUCAGCUGUGCUUUACAAAUGACUACCCUGUCAUAGCAGCAGCUGGACUAAAAGCAAACAGAGAAGGUGGGGAAAACAGUCUCACUGAGAACAAAGUGGAGACGGUAAUUGAACAAGUGCCUUCUUGUCCAACAGUAAAGGAUGUGGAGAUAUUUCCACUGGGAACUUUAAAAGAUGUUAAACGUUUCCAGACUGAUGAGGAGGAGCCAACAUCAAGUCAGGACAAAGAUAUAAAACUAGAUGAACUUAGAGUAGGAAGAGUUUCACAGAAAGAAAAUGUCAGAACUCCUAAUCAAGUGAAAGAGUUUGUUGGACAGGUAUCGUCGCCAGCCACAAAAGAAAAGAAGGUCAAGGUUACAACAGUUGUUACUCUACAGAAAGAAAACAUUCAAGGAUGUGCCAAAAGUCCCAAAGACAUGAAUGAAACCGCCAAAGAAGCGUCAGAGAAGAAGUCUAAUGUGAUGGUGGUUCUAACUUUAGAAUCCAGUGAAAACGAGAGGACAUCAGGUCCACCAGUCCAGCAGAAUGCGUCACUGAGGCCUGACCAGGAGUGUGUAACUUCAACCUCCGUUACAAAACCUUCCCCAUUGUCACCCAUCUUAGAUUGUAGUAGCAAGCAGGGGAACCGGGAACAAACAGUGCUAGUAUCUGGUAACCAGCUGCAAUACACAGAAGACGGAGGUAGCCUGAGCUGUGAUGAGGCUGGUGAGGGACCGCCCCCUCCACCGCCUCAGAUUUGUAAAUAUAGCCGUAUAAUCUCCAAGACCAGAGUCAGACCACAGUCCAAAGAGGAAACCUCAGCCAAAAUGAAUGGCUCUCAAAUACAAACAGUAUCUGGGGACACCGCUGGUGAGCCCACCUAUGUAGGACAUGAGAACCACGGUUUUGAGGACGGUAAUGAUCAGUUUGACAGAAAACCUAUUAUUGUUUUCUUGAACCAGCCCGUGGACUUUCAGUCGGCCUACAAGCGGCUGUCUACAAUCUUUGAAAGUGAGGAAGAUACUGGUGGGAUUUUUUCUCCAGAGAGCAUUUCAGAGGAGGAAAAGACAAACCAGGAGGAAGAGGAACAGGGUAUUAGAAAAAGUAGUAUCGCGAAUAUUAAUAUGGGAUCGCUCACGACAGGAGAUGGUCAGAAUCCUCCACAAAUACAGCAUGAAGGACCUUCAACAGAUAAAAGCUCCGCUCUUGAAAACCAGGGCCAGACUGAAUCACCUUCACUUAAAAAAACUGAGACAAAAAGGAAAUUCAAAUUCAAGUUCCCUAAAAAAAGACUGACAGCAUUUAGCCAGGCUAUCAAAACAGGAAACAGGGGCAAACAAAACAGGGAAGAAGUUGUUGUUGAUGAGGAGGAAGUAGCAGCAUGUGGCACAACAGUCAAGGAGACCAAGAGCCAGACAAAUAAAUCGCAGAUGUUUAAAAUUAAUAAAAUGGAACAAAUGAAGUUGGACGAAAGCAGUGCCUGCGACAGAGACAAUAUCUCCUCUUAUAUUAAUACCAGACAUUCAGAGUCACAUAACCGGGUAGAGGAGCUCUGCAAAAAUGCGUUCGACUCUAUAGACAGUCUCGAGAAGUCGAUUAAACAGUUGGAAAUCAGUGUGGAGAGUAUAACUGCCCCUGCUUCUUUAUGUGACUCAGCUGACAAAGCUCAGCUUAAAAGAAAAGUCAAACAAGAACGAGAGAGAAGUCCGUCCAAAAGGUCAGCGACUCAGAUCACUAAGGGUCCAAAUCCACCUGAGAGUAAGAGAGCCAAACCCCAGACUGCACGUGCCAGCGAAAGAAACGGCAUCAAGAAACAGACCUCCAGCAGCACCUCCAGCUCUUCUGCUCUGCGAUCUCAUGCCAAAUCUCACCGUGCCUCUGGAUCACCAGAAAAGACUCCUAAGGGCCAGCAGCAGUUCACCCAGAAACAGGCCAGCCAGCCACGCCUUGUCAGCACACCACCUUAACAUGAGUCCAGCCCACCGUGGGCUUCGCAGCAAUGGCAAGUGUCGGCAUCGCCUCAUCUUCACCUCCACCUCGGCUAAUAUUACUCCUCACCCUCCUCCUCUGUCUCGACUUCUUCCCCAUUUUCUUCUCUCCCCAUCGCAGUGACUCAAGGGGCAAAGAGUGUACCAACCCCAGCUCUGCAGGAUGUAGCAAGAAACGCACAGGGAGCCAAGCUGUACGUGUGCAUGACGGGCACUGUCAUGGCUUCAAAGCAUACAGACAUAUCACUGUGUAUAAUGCAUGUAUGAUGGCAUUUAAUGGCAUCUGGAAACACAAAAUCCCUGAACAAUAUUACUAUGAGAGAAAAUGCCACACAAGACCACACAGGCCAAAAAAGUAACCGAGAAAAAAAAUGUGUCUAAAAAAUCCCAAAUGCAAAGAUA